AAGAAAAAAAUGCAGAAUUUAAAAAAGGCCCGGUAGGGGCAGGCCCAGUUUCGAUUUAGCCCGCCUAAGAUUUGAGAAAGAGGAAUUGCCCGAAACAACUCUCUAGAAACCCUCUGCAGCUCUGUUUCUCUCCCUCUGCAACUGAUGGCGGCACUUAGAAAACUGGCUGGUUCUGCCGCCGCCGCUCUUCACUCUCCGCUUACUCCUCCACCCUUUCUCAUAUGUCGCAGAGGUAUAGCCUCUAAGCUUUUUGUUGGAGGUCUGUCCUUUUGCACCACGGAGAAAGGAUUAUCUGAGGCAUUUUCUCAGUAUGGUCAAGUAGUUGAAGCUAAGAUUAUGAUGGACAGAAUUUCUAGCAGAUCAAAAGGUUUCGGAUUUGUUACCUUUGCGUCUGAAGAUGAAGCUGAGAAAGCUAUAGCAGGGCUGGAUGGAAAGGUAUUGAAUGGACGUGUAAUCUAUGUGGACUAUGCGAUGCUCAAAUCUAGUUUUGGUGGAGGAAUGCCAAUAGCAAGAGGGCCUCCUGAACCAGCAAAGGAGAACUGACUCUAUGCAGCUGCUUUAUUUUCAAAGCUACUGUCAGGGAGAGUUAGACACCUUAAGCUUAAGUCGUACAUAAAGCACCUUAUUUCUUAGCUCAUUCUAGCAAAUAAUACAACUAAUAUUUGGUACUUUCAGAUCUAUGCCGUGUAGCAGCCUGAAGGAUUGCUUAGAAAGAAGCAAGAAGUGAUAAAAUUGUGUCAGAGCCCUGCAGUAAUAGAGUCCAGUAAAUAUUAGCCAUCAAUGUUCAAAUUCAAUGGUUCGAUUUGGCCUUCAAGUAUGAAUUGUUGUAGCAAACAAUAAACAUUUAAACUUGGAUUGGAUGUUGUAUGUUUAAAGCUUAUGUUUCUCUUUCUAAGGAAACAAUUGUUCUUCUGAUUUAUUAGCCCCCAUCAAUAAAGGGUCUUCUAUUAUUCUAUUCAGUAAGCAGAAACUACUGCGCAGAAGAUUCACCAUAUGGACUGAGAAUUUGUGCAUUUGAGACGCACUCAAGCUUUCAAAUUACAACAGCGGCACUAUUCACGCACGCCAUCUCUAACUUGUUUCUCGAGCCUCAUCAAUAAUAUAGACGUGGUUGUUGUCAAAGCCUAAUGUUUUACCUACUGCAUUUGCCACCACCUCUGAACUCAUAUUAAUGCCAACGUCUUACUUCACAUCUAAUUGUGGGAGAUCAAAUCAAUUAUCCAUUCUUCAUGAUUAAAUUUCAGAUUAAAACUGGCCAGGAAAGCCAACCCACACUUUAAAUACGGUGUCUUUUCAUCCAAAUUACACUUCUCCACUUUCUCUUAUAAUUCUCCACCUUUGCCUAGGUGAAGAUGAGGUUAAUGAUGAAAAAGAAGAAACCACCCCACCUUCCUAGUUUAUUGGCUUUUGCUAUUGGUUAAGACACGGCAUUGCCGAAGAUGUCUUUUCUUUAACCUUUUUAUAGGUAGAUCUUGAAUAUAUCUAAGGAUUAGCCUCAUGAUGCUAUAUUGUAUUAUUUUGUAAUUGUAAUUAUUAGAACUGUUGCAUUGUAUUAUCAUAAAAAAAUAUUUUAUUG